AUGAUUUCAAGCAGUGAGCCUUUGGAGAUAAGUAGCAAUGAGCUGGUUCACAUCCUGAGGACCCCCAUGGAGCAGUACACCUCUGCUGGCUGUGUGGUGCUCGACUGCAGACCCUUCCUCAAUUUUUCCUUUGCGCACAUUUGCGAGUCCCGAAACGUCAACUGGAACUCAAUGAUGCGCCGUAGAUCCAAGAGCUCGGUGGUGGCUCUGGAGUGGCUCAUACCGGACAAGGCGCUCCUGGGCCGGCUGCGGCGCGGGGACUUCUCCCCGGUGGUGGUGGUGGAUGAGAGCAGCCGCUCCGUAGCCGAGCUGAGGCCAGAGAGCGUGGCGCAUAUGCUACUCACCACCCUGCACAACGAGGUUAACACGCAGAUCUGCUUCCUACAAGGUGGAUUGGAGGGAUUUUCUGAGGCCUAUCCAGAGCUCUGUUACAGCUCAGCCUGCAGUCAGCUCUCUGCAGUGGAACCAGAGCCCAUGGUGACGGGUCGGAGAACACCAGCAUAUGAUCGGGAUGGUCCGGUGGAGCUGCUGCCCUUCCUGUUUUUGGGCAGUGCCAUCCACUCCUCCCGCAGAGAGACCCUCGCAGCAGCGGGCAUCACUGCUGUGCUCAAUGUUUCCUCCACAUGCCCAAACUUCUAUGAGGGGGAUUUUCAGUAUCUGCAGCUCAUGGUGGAGGACAAUCUGGCUGCUGACAUCGGAGCCUGCUUCUCCACAGCCAUCGCUUUCAUCGACUCGGUGAAGCAGAGUGGUGGUCGGGUGCUGGUGCACUGCCAGGCAGGUAUUUCCCGCUCCGCCACCAUCUGUCUGGCCUACCUCAUGCACACGCAGCGCGUCAAGCUCGAUGAGGCCUUCGACUUUGUGAAGCAACGCCGCCAGGUCAUCUCCCCCAACCUGGCCUUCAUGGGACAGCUGCUGCAGUUUGAAACUGACGUGCUGUGCCAGGGAUGAAGACAUUGACACAUUUUAUAUGACUGUUAUUUUUUUAUGAGGAAAGCUACUUGUGCUGCUGGCAUCACAAGGCUGGGGAAGCUGGACUUUUACUUUUCAGGAGGAACUGAAAAACAGCAGAUGGUAAUAUAAAGGUAUUAUGAACAAUUGUGAUUCUGAGCCAGCAAGUUGGAGCAGCAAUCAGGUGACUUCCUGUGUGUGUGUGUGUGUGUGUGUGUGUGUGUGUGUGUGUGUGUGUGUGUGUGUGUGGUGUGUGUGUGUGUGUGUGUGUGUGUGUGUGUGUGUG